GUGAGAACCGAAAGAUAAUCAGCCAAUUCAACUUGAGCACACUGUGGUAACAGUCUAUUGGGUACACAUAAGCACUACAGCACAUCAUCAAGCUUUCUCCAACAACUCAUUGCUCGAGUAUCACCUUUGUUUUCUGGAAAAUCUCUUCCUAUUGGUUGAGGAAUUGAAGGAGACAGCUGUAACCAACACUUGAAAACCACAAAAGAAGCAAUGACGACUGGAUGGAAUGACUUGGAAACGCCAUGUUUGACUGGAGUGGACAAAGUUAAAAGUCACAAAACACCAGGUUACAGUCCAACAGGUUUAUUUGGAAGCACUAGCUUUCGAAGCGCUGUUCCUUCAUCAGGUGGUUGACUGGAAGGAAAGCUUAGUUCAGAAUAACUCAUUCUCAUCUGCUGUGCCCUGCCUGAGGGGAUAAUGGAAGGAUGUUUAUUCAUGGUGUUCAAAAAGAAAGCAAGAUCAGUCUCUGAAAUGGAAUAUACGCAGGAUAUGAAGCAAUGACCUUGGAUGGCGUUUGUUGCAGUUUUUAUUUCUAACGGCAAAGAUGCAUCAAAUGGACUUCUUCAGGUUGGCAACAAUCUAUAUUGCUUCAGUGUAGAAGAGGCAUCAGCAUGAGAUCCAGAGAAAGUUCAGCUUUAAUCACCACUAUCGUUUGUCGGCCAGAGAAUCUCGAAAGAUUGUCAUCCAACACAUUUUCAUCUGAAUCUUCCCUUCUGUCCUACAGACUAUAUAUAUGUAUGUUCAUUCGUCAGAUAGCAGGGUCACUGGCUGAGCUAUCAGUUAUCGCCUUGCUGCUGGUGAGAACGUGAUGGCGAGCUGCCUUCCUGAAAUACUGUAGUCUAUAUGUUGUAAGUAAUGCAGUUAGGGAGGCAGUUCCAGAUAAUUCCACGGAAGGAGCUGUUAUAUAAUUCCAGAUGGUGGAAUGAAGUCAGGAAAGUGUGUGGCCUGGAUGGGAAAUUACACCUCAUCAUAUUCCAAUAUUCCAACAUUUGAGGGGAUGAUGGUUGCGGUUUUGGAAGGUGCUGUCUAUGGAUUGCUGAUGAAGUUCUGUAGGGCUUAUUGUAGAUGGUAGAGACUGCUACUGCUGCUGAGCAUCAUUGGUGAAGGGAUUGGAUGUUUGUGGAUGUGAUGCUCAGCAAACAAACUGCUUCGGCUUGGAUGAGGUUAAGCUUCCUUAGUACUGUUGGAGUUUCAUUCCUCCUGGCAGGGCUGGAAUACUUGACCUUGUUCCUCAUUCAGCCUUGUGUACAGACUCUGGGGAGUCAGGAGGUGAAUUGCGUGCUGCAUUAUUCUGUGCCUUUGACCUGUCCGUGGAGCAAUUGUAUUCAUAUGGUGAGGAACUGAAGAUGGGAAGAAUGGCUGUGGUAUUGAUAACUCUCAGAUUGCUGUCAGAUGUGGCGACAGAAGAAUGGACAAUGACAACUUCAGAUCGAAAGGCCAUCAGUGGGUCGUGUGUGGUUAUACCUUGUACAUUUGACUUUCCGUCCCACACUUACAAGGCCGUGCACGGAGCUUGGUUUAAGUACUGGUACUCAUGGAAAUACACUAUCGCCUACAGCAAAGAUCCCAAUUAUAGGAUGUCCAUCUUUGUUGGACGCACAGAUAUAAUUGGGGACUUGGAGCAGAAGGAUUGCUCCUUGAAGAUUGAUAACCUCAGACCUGAAGACAGUGACAACUAUUACUUUUAUGUGGAUGUGAAGGGAUUUGAUGAUCACACCUUCACAAAACCAAUCCAGCUACAGGUUCUAGAUGCUCCUGACCGUCCCAAGAUGUUACUCCCAGAGGAUAUAAAGGAAGGGACACUGGUACACAUCAUCUGCAAAGCCCUCCACACGUGCCCUGAUAACCCUCCCAAACUGACCUGGAGUCAACUGCCGUCUUCCUCAGUGAGUGACACCAUAGAGAGCGGGGACGAGAUUUCCACAGUGCUGACUUUUAACCCUUCAUACAGGCAUCACAAUCAAAUUGUCCACUGUACAUGUGUCUACCCUCAAACGAACCAUCGAGUGUUCAACUCAGUCACCUUGAGUGUGAAAUAUUCUCCUCACAACACAUCGGUCAGGAUGACAACAGGAAAAGGAAAGACCGUUUCUUUAAUCUGUUCCAGUGAUGGGAAUCCAGCAGUUCACAGAUUCAACUGGUUCAAGAUUUCCAAAGGGAAUGUCACCAAUCUGACAUUAUCUGGUCAAACUAUCACUGUUCCUUAUGGAUUUGAGGUGGAAAUCUCCUACUACUGUGUUGCAACAAACAGCCUGGGCAGCUCACAGUCUCUCCCUGUUCAUAUUCCCACAGAAUAUUCUCCUCGCAAUACGUCUGUCAGAAUGACAACAGGAAAAGGAAAGACCAUUUCUUUAAGCUGUUCUAGUGAUGGGAAUCCAGCUGUCCACAGAUUCAACUGGUUCAAGAUUUCCGAAGGGAAUGUCACCAAUCUGACAUUAUCUGGUCAAACUAUCACUGUUCCUUAUGGAUUUGAGGUGGAAAUCUCCUACUACUGUGUUGCAACAAACAGCCUGGGCAGCUCACAGUCUCUCCCUGUUCAUAUUCCCACAGAAUAUGGUGCUGUCAUAUUGCCAGAGUCAAGGUGUACCCAGUAUCAGACCUACAUCAUCUGCCUGUGUCUGGUCCAGACCAACUCCACUGUUAACGUCACAUGGGCUCUUCCAGAUGGAAGCACUGGUGAGACGGGAUCAGAUGGAAUCUAUGAAGCACAGUCAGUCACAAACAGCUCCUUGAUGACCAACACUCUCACCAUCAGAGGUGGAAAAUUGUUUGAGGGGAUAAACUGCUCCAUAGCAGACGAUGGAGGUGGAAGACCCUUACAGAGGCUUUUGGAAAUCCAGUCUGAUGGCAGGCCAGUGGGAAUGAGAUGGGAACUGAUACAGAAAUACGGACUGGUAGCUGCAGGAGGCGCUGUUCUGCUCAUCACCUCACCACUUCUGAUUUACUUCAUUGUCAAGGCCAGAAAGAGAAGAGACAAGCCACGAGGAAAUGGAAUCAAACAAACACAGAAGGCAAACUCAACGACAAAGUCUGAGCUGAUGUCAGUGAGGCCAAAGCAAACGGAGAAAUGCAUCGAAGCAUUUGUCACGCGAGCCAAAGUGAACCAGAGGAAAGAUGACGAGGGGCUAGAAAUGAAAUCUAACCUUCACCCAAAUUCAAACCUAGAAGGUAACCUGUAUGAAAACUACCAGUGGGACCAGGAUCUUGUGUACACAAAUAUAUAAACAGAACUGGGAAAAGGGACGUGUGCUCGUCCAGAAGGCAGAAUCAGAAAUUCCUGUAAUUAUUACAGCAUCAAUCAAAGCUAUUCAACCCAUCAUAUCCAUUCUAGUCCUUCAAACAAGCACUGCUCCUCACCCACCCCUCUACCCACAGUCCACCUCAGCAGCCUAUUUUGAAUAUUUCAAUAAUACGAAAUGAUGUGCAAUGCAGAAGGAGGCCAGUCAGGAAGCCAGGCACCCAGCCUUAUCCCACUUUCCAGCAAGUGGUCCAUAUCCCUGGAAGAUAGUGGACUUCAGAAAUUAUAUGCCAAUAUGCAGACAUUUUUUUAAAGAAGGUGAGAGUUUCCAUCUUGAUCAUCUUUCAAAUAGUGAGUUCCACAUCUCCAACUCAUUCGAGUGCAAAAUCUUUGCUUAUCUUUCAUAAGAAAUAGGAACAGGAGGAGGCCAUUCGGCCCCUCAAGUCUGCUCUGCCACUCCAUAGGAUCAUGGCUGAUCUCACAUUUCUCAUGUCCAUGUUCUUGCCCUUUCUCCAUAACUCUUGAUUCCCUGAUUGAUCAAAAAUCCAUCUGAAUAUACACAACAGUCUACCCCCACAGUUUGCUGUGGCAAGGAGUUCGAAAGACUCUUAGCCUUUGGAGAGAAGAAAUUUCUCCUCAUCUCAGUUUGAAAUUGGUUUCCCUUUAUUCUGAGACUAUGCCCUCUGGUCGUGGGCUCUCCCAGGAAGGGGAAACAUUCUCUCAGCAUUUACCCAGUCAAACCCAUUCAGAAUCCAAUAUGGUUCAAUGAAAUCACCUCUCAUUUUUCUAAACUCCAAUGAGUACAGUCCCAACAUGUUUAACUUUUGCUUAUAAGGCAAUUUCUCCAUUCUGGGGACUAUCCCAGUUAACCUUCUCUGAACUGCCUCCAAUGAAAUUAUCUUUCCUUAAAUAAGGGGACCAAAGCUGAUGUCAGUACUCCAGAUUAGGUCCCAACAGAACCUUGUACAGUUCCAGUGAGACUUCCUUCAUCUUAUCCUCCAAACCCAUUGAAAUAAAGGCCAACAUUCCACUCGCCUUCCUGAUUACCUGCUGCUCCCUCUGUACUAGCUCUGUGUUU